UUUCAUUUCUUAUCUGAAAUCUGAAAUCUGAAAUGUACAAGUACUAAGAAAAAAGAGUGAUUGAAAACUCUGUUCCUCUUUCACUCAUAGUCUCAUAUGGCUUUAUCCACAGCUCUCUCAAACCCACAAGCUUUAUCUUGCUUCUCUUCUUUCCCAAAGACCACUAAAAUCAUCCCUUUUCGACGUCAGUUAUGUGUUCGAGCUGAAGCUGAUAGUUCACAGAAACUCACAGAGACCAAAACUAAAGAAAGCACCAAUGACAAACCUCCCCCUAAAAAACCUCCAAAGCCUGUCUAUUCAAUGAAAAAAGGUCAGAUUGUAAGGGUGGAAAGGGAGAAGUACCUUGAUAGUGUCAAUUAUUUGUCAGUUGGACAUCCAAAGUACUACAAAGGGCUGGACUAUAUUUAUGAAGACCGUGGAGAGGUCUUGGAUUUACGUUUUUUUGAGACAGGAGAGUAUGCACUUGUUUCUUGGGUUGGAAUCCCAACAUCACCAGCUUGGCUUCCAACAGAUAUGCUUAUUAAGUCUGAUAAACUCAACUAUGAAAGGAUGUGAUUCAGAUGCUCAAGAAUUAUCACUUUGUUCGAGCUGAAGCUGAUAGUUCUUGAGCAAUCCCUUUUCUUCUGCAACUGCUUCAGGCACCAGCUGAUAGUUCUUCAUUUAUCAAUCUGUGUAGUUAACCUUUGACAAAUGAACUAUAUUACAGCAUCAAAAGGCUACAAAUUUCAAGUUAAAGAGUAAA